CUACCCUGUCUUGGCUGUUCGAUGUCCAAGGGACAGGUGAAACCCGUCCAGAAGAGCACGAGCACACGCGCACUGCUACCUCUCGCAGAUGACGAGGAGGGCGGGGAGGGCGAGAGCAGAGCGGAUGCAUCACGCCAAGGUUGGGGGGGGGAGAGAGACUCAGAGAGUGAGUCCGACCUCGACGUGAUGGAGGCUCGUGGGCCAGGGCAAGCGACGCCGUUAGUGCGCGAGGAGGCGCCGACGGCACCCGGCAACGGGAUGCCGGGGGAUGGAGGCAGCGUUCCCCCGUCGCCCCCUUCGGGAAAGGGCGACUUAGGCGGAGGCAGUGACAGACCCACCGACAGCAGCAGCAGCAGCAGCAGCAGCAGCCCGAGCAGCAGCAGCAGUGGGGACGGCGGUAGCGAUGGUGAUCCCGGCGACUCCGAGAACCUCGAGGAGUUGAAGUAUGAUCCAGCCGACGACCGCUACCCCCGCGGGCUAGAAGGGAAGAAACUCCUCUGGGGCGCCUCGAACGCUGGCCCGCUGCGCCAUGGGCUUGAGAGUGGCCGCACGCGGAAGCAGACCCGGGAGAUGCAAGGUGUCGGGGAGAUGCCGGGGGCCGGAGAAACAUCGGACCCGCAAGAGGCAUUGCUGGCGACCAUCCUGGAAACUGGCGGGACGGGGAUUGUUGAGGACUACAUCUGCAACUCGCUCGUGAAGGAGCAGUGGGACGAGGAGCAGACACGCCGUAUGGAGGAGAUGUACAGGCGCGAGAUGCAAGAGGUGUUGGGCCCGAAACAGCAGACGUUCGGGGCCGAGGUCGACGCCAGCGGGUCGUCGCAACCACUCCCAGACCCACAGCUAAGUAUGACCUCGCCAAUCCGGCAGAAGCCGAGUGAUGUGGAAGCAGUACCGAUGACGUACAAGGAUGUGAUGUGUUCCACGUACAAGGUUUUCUGGGAGGCGGCCAUGAAAACAGAGAUAGAUGGCCACGACAAGACUGGAACCUUAACCAAGGUCAAGGAGCUCCCCGAGGGGCGGAAGGCCAUAGGUUCAAAGUGGGUGUUCUCUGGGAAACGAAUGAGAAGGGCCUGAUAGUCGACUUCAAGGCCCGUAUAGUGGCACGGGGUUUCUCUCAAAUCCCCGGCAUCGACUUCCACCGCUCAUCCACAGCGUGCCCGUCUGCAGCGUCUAUCAAGACGGUGAUUGCCGUAGCCACUGAAAAGGGCAAGAAUCUCGGUCACUGGGAUGUGAAGCAAGCGUACAUCCACGCUAAGUUAAACGAAGAAAUAUACCUCAGGUUCCCGGAAGGCUGUGGUAGCAUGUCCGGCAAGGUGGUCAAGGUUGAGCGUGCCCUGUAUGGCCUAAAGCAGAGUGGCUGUGAGUGGGGGUUUGAAGCUGCCGAUGCCCUCAUCGGGAAUGGAUACGAGCAGUGCAGGGUUGACCCGUGUGUCUUCCGGAAGCUGGUGGAUGGAGAGGUCGUAGGUCUCAUCGUGAUCUACGCUGAAGACAUCUUAGUGGCGGCAGACGAGGGAGAGCGAGAGUAGUUGUUCGCUUCCCUCAACAAGAAGUUUCCGGUGAAAGAUCUGGGGGAGUGUACCUGGUACGACGGGUGUGCUAUCGCCAUGGAUGUAGAAAAUGGCAUCACCAAGCUGUCCCAGACAGCAUACAUGGAGAGUAUGCUGAGGCGGAAUGAUGUGACCACGACCGCUUUCACCCCUGCUGCCGCCGAUGCCGACUCAGGGCCGAAGAGAG